AUGGAUGCUUUCGUCGCCCCCCAGCAUUUCAAUAACCGGGCUGUCGGUGCUGCUGCUGCUGUUCGAAGAUUCAUCGGGGGAGGUAGUAGUAGGCCAUCAACUUCAGCAGGCCCCCCAAGUCUAGCCCAUUCGACCUCAAAUUUAGGUUCAUACCAUGGAACACGAACGGCCCGGUAUGACCUCCAGGUCCCGAUCCAAUCCCUCAGCGCCUCUCCAGACCAAGACCUUGUCGUCGUCGCCGGUCGAGAAGUUCUCAAAGUCCUACGGGUGACCUUCCACGGCGACAUUACCGAACGUUUGGACCUUCGAGCAGGAAAUGCACCUGGAAAGACAGUCGCUAAUAGUGACGUCAAGUGGGGGUGUAACUUUUCUAAAGAUGUUAUUGCCACGGCUAACACUAACGGUAAUAUAUGCGUCUAUGAUUUGGGUCGUGGCGGGAAGUUGGAUAGGGUAAUGCAUGAGCACCAGAGAUCGGUGCAUAAGAUUGCGUUUAAUCCGGGUAAUGGGAAGAUUUUGAUCAGUGGGAGUCAAGAUGGGAUGAUGAAGAUUUGGGAUUUAAGGCAGAAGAAGAGUACAAUGACAUUAUGGGGUAAGAGCGACGCUGUGAGGGAUGUACAGUUCAAUGCCUUGAAUGCUGUGCAUUUUGCAGCGGCUUUUGAUAAUGGCACGAUCCAGAAAUGGGAAUGGAGGAUGGGUGGGACUGCUCACUCGUAUCUUAAGAAGAUCAGUGCACAUAAUGGUCCUGUCUUCUCGAUUGAUUGGCAUCCCGACGGCAAAUAUGUUGCAAGCGGAGGUCGAGACAAGACUGUCAAGGUUUGGGAUUUCGGAGAAGGGGAUACCCAAAACAAGCGUCCGGUUCACACGAUCAGCACGAUGGCCGCCAUCGGUAGAGCUACCUGGAGGCCUCGCGGAGUCUCAACUCGAGAGAUUGCAACAUGUGCUAUGACCCAUGAUAACAGAAUUACCGUUUGGGAUAUCAAACGGCCGUUUGUGGGGAAAUACGCCUUUGAUGAACAUACAAACGCCACAUCUGGUCUACUCUGGAAAGAUGAAAAUACACUAUGGUCAUGCUCGAAGGACCAAAUGUUUGUUCAGCAUGACCUGUCAUACGCCGUGAAUCCAAUCAACUCCUUGAAUCAUUCGGCGGCCGCCUGGGCUCCCAAUUUGAGUUUUAUUGUUGUAAUGGGUCAGAGGCCUCCGCCUCCGGCUAAGAGGGAUAGGAAUGUCAGGUUCGAGAUGGAUGAUGAAAUCUCAGGUGGAGGAGGUCGGAAGAAGUCGUCUGUGAGCGCUGCGGCUGGAAGAGUUCACCCGAAGAUUGGUACACAGCAGAGUGGCAUCGAUACUCUUGGGGCAAAAUAUGCACCUCAGCAAGCGGUCGUUGAGGUGGCAUUGCCCAUGUUCAGUGGUGUCCCAUUUACGGUUAUGGCGACUAACUGGGUUACAAGUCUAUCUGAUGGAAUGACACUCUCGCAUGCUUGUCAAAAGAACGCAGAGACAGCUUGGGUACUCGGGCAAUACCGAACGGCACAAACCUGGAAGAUGCUGGACCUCAUUCAAGGAUGGGAGAUAGAAGCUCGACAGGAGGAAGAGGAGCGGUUGAACAAGGAAGCAGAAAUGGCAUCCUCGAAGUCCCAUCUUGAAUCUGGGAUAUUUGCGAAGAGAGCACUUGGAGUCACGAAUACAGAUAGAAAAAGUUCCAACGGCUCUGCAGUGGCUACACCGCUGGCUAAACCUGUCGCCGAUACCCCCCAGCUUCAGCCAAUCCUCACGCCUACUCCGAAGGCUCCAACGAAUCCACCAGGCAACAUUGAUGAAAAUCUUUCGCUACCACCAAAGGCCUUCGGUACCUCGGUAUCUUCCUCCACAGCUUCCACAGAUGGCGGAGAAAUUCUCAACAUGGCGUCUCGCCGAGUUUCAGUAAUCGCUAGAAGCCCCCAGGCGAUCGACGAGAACAAGGAACUAAGUCUGAAACCCGUAGACCACCAUCACCGCCAUGAAAACGAAGACAAGAUCACCCCGCUCCGCUCCGACAUUUUUAGCGCUACUCCGGAGGUCACAUUCCGUGGAAACAACGACAAAAACGGCGCCACACAUGACCCUGAAGUACCGGAUGUCGCUGCAUCCUCGUCGUUUGAUAAGGACCGCGACAAGGCUUCACUCGCCUACCGUGGACGUCAGUAUUCUAUCGGUCUGACUAGUGAACAGACUUCUAGCUCCUACGAUGAUUCAACCAACAGUUUCGGCCACAGACCCCGGUUAAGCAGUUCCCAUCCCUUUCAUAAGGAAAGUGAUGACGAAGAUGACGACGACCACCAUCACCAUAACCACAAUAGCGCCCGCCAUAAUAACCAAACAACCCACCAUAACCCCUCAGCCCCGCUCAACCCCGCCAUGCGCAACACUUCCUCACACAAUCUGAAACACCAACACCAACUUAAUACUGCUGAAGCGUUGGGGAAGGAUAUCCAGGAUAUGGUGAAAGACUACGGCACGAUCAAACUUAGCGGAUCCGGAUACGGAAGGAUGAAAGAGUUACCAUGGAAUCUACAGAAUUUCCUUACGAUUUUGACGGAUUAUUACAGCGAUCGUGGGGAGGUUCAGAUGUGUGCUACUUUGGCUUUGUUGUUUGGGGAUCUUGUGGUGUUUGAUGAGAGGAGGAUGGGGGAUUGGAUUGAAGGAUAUGUUGAACAACUCCAACGUUUCAAACUCUACGUCCCAGCUGCAGAAGUUAUCAAAGCUACAACAGUAGAACACGUGCGUUCCCAAGCACUCACCAACACUUUCAUCCACCUAAGUUGCGGGAACUGUAACGCACCAAUGAUGAGUGGCGGCGGCGGUGUUGGCGCAGCAGGUAUCAAUAACGCUGCUCUGGAUCCUUCUACUUCUGCUAUUCUACAAGGAGACGCAGAUGCGAGAAGGGCGAGUUAUAAAGGAAGUCUUUACUGUGAGAGUUGUAGAAGGAUGGCGGAUGGGUGUAUGCUUUGUCAUCAAAUUGUUAGGGGGAGGUGGACUAUGUGUCAGGGAUGUUGUCAUGGUGGUCAUGAUGAUUGUUUGAGGGGGUGGUAUGUGGAUUCGAAGAUGAAGCAGUGUCCUAGUGGGUGUGGGCAUGAUUGUGUAUGA